GCUGAAGCAGGUGCGACUGCAUCUUGCUACCUCUCGGCGACUUCCUAUUCUACCCCUUCACUCUAUAUUCCUUUGCAAUUCUGUGAGCUGCGCUUGCAAUUAUGUUCUUUCUCGGAUCUUGGGCGUGGCUUUCAUUGUUCUGAUACCCUUUGGGAUGGUGUGCGAUCAAACGUUCCUUUCGAACCUGAUGACCUGCAGUACCCCCGCCCGCCAUGUCGGUCAUCUACAAUGAAGAGCUGGUUGCAUACCAGUUGCGCUGCGGCUAUCUCACAGAAAUCGCCGAUGGAGUGGGUGAGCGACUGCUUACCCUUAAUGAGGGGUUCAUGAACUCGUCGGCCUUCAAGGCGGUCGCUUGGCAGGCGAACCCAGACCUUGUCAAACGAUGCUACUCUCCUCCCAUCCCGACCGCGAUCGCCUCCGAAUAUUUCCAAGCCCCAAGACAAGCUGGAGUAACCCUCGAAGACGAACCGGAUGAGGCGGGAAUGCUGACUGGGGGGGGCACCGACACCCUCGGCCCGGGCCUGGCUACAAGAAGAAGACGACGUCGCGAAACGCUCGAGGACGAUGAUAGUAGUGAUCUCAGCGACGAGAGCGACGACGACGAUGCGGGCCAGCGAGCGGCUCAGCAGAUCAAGUUUGCCAAGAUGCCCGUUCGAUCGAGGGCCGGGUCCAGCCCCAUUCAGUCGUCUCACAUCAAGCAGUCUCCGGCCAUGUCUCCUAGGGCCACCCACAGCGCCCGCCGAGGCUCACAGUCCGCGCUGGAGAUUGUCAAGGAGAGGGCGCGGCGAGACACGGUCACUAGCAGCGAGGUAUCGUCCGAGAACGAGUUCGACGCCUCCGGGUUCCACAAGCAGAGAGAGGCUGCGAGAGCCGCGGCCAAGUCUGUCAGGCUCCAGGCUAAGAUCAUGGAGGAGCCAGGUCUCGGGAUCAAGCGGGCAGGCACUGACCUGCUGCCCGAAGAGGAGGAUGAUUCCGACGGGUCGGACAUGUCCGGUGCCUACGUUGAGAGCAUCGACUCGGCCUCGAUCCUGGACGCUGUCGAGAACCCUGAACCACCCCCUCACAAACAAGUUGUCGGAACGCCCCCUCGAGAGUUUACGAGGACUUCUACCGUCCGCAAGUCACAAGCUCCGCCCCGCAUCCUGCAGGCACUACCGCCGCCUCGUCCGAUGAGCACCAUUCGGCCCAUGAGCAUGAUCCAACCCAAGAGCUUGCUCUCCGCCGCGCUCAAGGCGAGAAAGACGAAGCCCAAGGUGCCGUUUGAAGGCUUCGCGGCCCUCUCUGGCCAGGGCGAGAACAAUCCCAUCGCCGUUCGGAUCUACCCCGCGUUUUCCGAUAACCCCGCGAAACCGUUCGAAGUUCCCAUUCGGCGCAUGGUACACCAUGGCGAGGGCGGCGACAGACCCGUGACGGUGGCGGACCUUAUUGGUCUUGCUCUCUGGAGGUAUAUCGAGGAGAAACGCCAGCCGCCCAUACCUGCCGACAAAUCCAACAUCAACUGGUUUACUCUUAGGAUGGUCGAGGAGGAUGGCGAGGUCGACGAUGACUUCCCGCCAUUUGAGCGCAACAAGGCGCUGACGUCAUUCACCACGGCCAACAACCGAGCUGCCGGAAGAAUGCGUGCCAACUCCAAGACGUACGACAACUUCGGCCUGGUUCAGGCAACUCAAUCCGAGUUCAACGAGAACCAAAGCAUCACGCCGCAGGAGGAAGAGGAAGCGGCUGAAGAAGCCGACGAGGACUUGACGCCGCGCAACACGCCGCAGCCGAAUCUGAACUCGUUUCUACCUGUCGCCACAGAGCCUCGUCCGAACCCCGUCACCAAUACUACAUAUCGUCAACAGCAUAGUAUGUUCGCUGACGCACCUCAGGCGCCGGCGGCGGCGCCUAAUACGAGCCGGGGUCAACAGAAGCUCCUGCGCGUGCAUCUUCACUCGACCGACGUGGCCCCCGGCCAGUUGGUCACGCUAGACACCACAACGGAAACGUACAUGGCCGAAGUCCUGGAUAUGGUAUGCCGCAAGAGACAACUGGACAAGGCCAACCACGUUCUCAAGAUGCCCGGCGGCGGUCCCGUGAUCCUGCUUGAUACCAAGGUCGCGGCAAUCGGUAGCUUGGCCGAUCUAGAGUUGCACCGGCGCCGCUUCGCUACAGACGGUCCACUCGCCAUGACUGGAUCGCCGAGCAGUGCUUCGCCAAAGCUUCUCCCAUUUGUAGACGGACAGCCGGGACGCAAGUCCAAAAAGCCGCACAUCAUGGGAAGUCACCCGUUGGCUCAGGAGGCCAUCAAGCAGGCGGAGCUCACCAGUGCGUAUCACAAGUCGUGGGUGGUAUGGCGCCUGCGCACAGUCCGGAUGAUCACGCAGUCAGAGAAGCGGUUCGAGAUCGAUGGCGAGUAUGUGCACAUCAAACCAACGACGAGGGACUCCAAGACCACGACCGCGCACAUAUCUCAGGUGAUUGGAUGCAAGGUCUCGAGCAAGCAUCCAAACCAAUUCAAGCUCUUCAUAUACAAGGACACGGAGAGUAAGCGCUACGAUUUCGAGGCGAAAUCCGUCGAAGAAGCGCACGAGAUCGUCAACGAACUCAAGAAGGGGGUUGCUCAGGUUAUGAGCUGAGCACCCCCGAACGCCAUUGCAUACAACUCAACGACGAUGGGGCCCGCCCGGGACAUCAUGAAUGAGCUGUGCUGUGCCCGCGCCACACACACAGGCGAGAGACAGACCAGGGGUUUACGCCACGUACAUUUUCACCGCCACACAGAAGGAGCGCAGGGCUCUCAAUUCAUUGGCGACGUUCCAUUCGGAGGGCAAGCGAGGGAUGCGAUACGGUUCAAUGGACGAAGGAUUCUGGGAGCGGGCUGAACGGCGAUCCACUCGAGUUGCUGACCAGUUUCGAUUUUGGUUGGACGGGGUAGAAAGCGCUUCCGCGUGCCUUGUACUGGAGAUUACGCGUCACCGCCAAAGGAGGAGGGGUCCCUUGCUGCUUAUUUUAGCAGAAACCCGGUGGCUGCUACGCCUCCAUGACGGAAGGGGAGUCAAGAAUUAUGUAAUGUAUAGGCACCCAGCGCAAGGAGUGGGAAGUACAAACAGGACUGGUGUCCAUACAGCGAACAGUAAAACAGACUGGGGGGGUGGAAUUGCAAUGAUGUGGGGUACAUGUCCAAUUAAGGUUCGCAUCCUGGCUCCUGCGUCAUGCAGAUCAAUGCGAUUGGAGCCGCGGGCCGGGAUGCUUGGCGCCGCGGUCGCGCUCCUCGCGUCCUUCUGCUCUGACUCGGGCUCGGCAAGGCUAGGCACAUUUCGGCUGAGGUGGUCUGGAUGCCUUGGUGAAGAAUCGGGAAUGGAGAGGGAUGAUGGCAUGAUGGAUAGAUGAGAGGAGGCAAUGAAGGGAUUGUCGGUACAUGGGCUGACACAAUUCCAGCCAAGCCUUCUCUCCCCCCCUUUUCUGUCGAGACCUCAUAGCAUCCAGUCCACUUGCGAACAUGUAUCCGUAGCUUACCUAGGUCAAGUUGAC